GCUAGGGUUUUUGCAGAAGAAAAAACGAGCGCAAGAAAUAAUUCUCAGCAAGCAGAGCCCCCAUCAAUCAAAGCAGCGGCAGCCAUGGCGAGCACGAAAGUCCAGAGGAUUAUGACCCAACCCAUCAACCUGAUCUUCAGGUUUCUUCAGAGCAAAGCCCGCAUUCAGAUAUGGCUUUUCGAGCAGAAGGAUGUCAGGAUUGAAGGCCGAAUUAUUGGGUUCGACGAGUACAUGAAUUUGGUUUUGGACGAGGCAGAGGAGGUCAAUGUCAAGAAGAACACCAGGAAGGAACUUGGCCGGAUUUUGUUGAAAGGGGAUAACAUCACUCUCAUGAUGAAUACUGGCAAGUGAUGCUUGGGAUUCAGGCUAUAAUUUUGUUGAUUGAGUCAAGGAUGAGGCUGGCUUCAUCGUGGUUCAAUCAGAUUACUGGCAAGAAUUCGUAUAAAUUCAACUCCUUUAGAAUCUAUUCUCUCUUAGACAGUUGUUUUCUAUUCCGUUAAUGUAAUGUCUCCCCUUAUCCUGCUUUUAUUAUGUAUGCUAAUGUUGUGUAUGAAGAAUUCCUUCUGCUUGAAAUCGGAUAUCAGGUAAAUUAGAAAUGUUUUUUUCUCAUGGUCGUUUGAGACAGAUGAACAUGUCGGGAGAUUUGAAUUUCUCUUUAUUAUAUUAGAAAAAAAGUA